UGUCCGCCGACUUCUGCUCGCUCGCGCACGCUCGACCGUACACGCGCGUAUCGACGGGCCCGGGUUCGCGCACGUCCACGGGCGAGGUUGUGCGAGGCGCUCCAAGGUUGUAGGUUUUCCGAUUACACGCGGCGGCGAUGUGACGCGUCGUCGACACCCUACGCGCGCAAUACCCGGGAUGGCCUCUUGGCAUCUGUCGGCCCUUUGGGCCCUGCUGGCCCUGCUGGUCCUAGCCUCCGCCAGGAUCCACAAGCUGGAGAUCCGGAACGACGUAAGGCGCUACAUUGCCCUGAGCACCUUCGGCUUCUACAAGGGCGGCAUCCUCCACGUCAACCUGACCAACUUCAAGGCCACUCCCUCCAGUGACGACGCCGUGUAUGGUUUCAGUUUGGACCGCACGCUAAGCGACGCCAUGAAUCCGUACCUUGACAGCCACCAGGAUAGAUGCCUUCUACAGGGCACCAAUGGACCGAAACCCAUUGAGCCAAAGCAGAGGAAUAACAGUGCCGUCAUAUACUUCACGAUGGACCUGAAGAAUUUAACGAUGAAAGUGAAUUGCAGUCAGAACGUACAUUCGGUGCACAUCUAUAAAGAUUCCGGAAUGGUUCCCGUCUUUCGAGCAAAGAGGGACUCGUUGCCAGCCAAGUUGAGCGACACGGCGCUAUUCCCGCGAAAGAAGAGAAACGCAUUCGUGCAGGAGAGGUCGGUGGAGCCGGUCGAACGUCUCGAUGCGAAACCAGCCAGGGUGGGAAUGGAUGCCGACGCGUGUUCCCACAUCAAGCUCCCGAUGACGACGGAGACCGUCAGGGGCGAGAAGUACUACAACGCGAGUUUCGUCAUGUACGUCGCGAGCAAGGAAGAGGAAGGCCUCUACAAUCUGUAUUUCCACAGCUGUCCUAACUACAAGCCUGGCACCCGCGUCGCCUUGGACUUCACGAUGCAGAUCCAGGAGAACAACGGCGGGAACUUCUUGAGCGCCGGCGAGAUGCCCCUCCCGGCCCUCUACUUCAUGAUGGCUCUUCUCUUCAUGCUCUCCGGAUGCUUCUGGGUCUUCAUCUUGAAGAAGAGCAAGCAUCCGGUCUUCAAGAUCCACUACCUCAUGGCCGUCCUGGUGUACCUCAAGUCUCUGUCGCUCCUCUUUCACGGGAUCAACUACCACUUCAUCCAGACGAAGGGCGAGCACGUGGCGGCCUGGGCGAUCCUCUACUACAUCACCCAUCUCCUCAAGGGAGCCGUCCUCUUCAUGACGAUCGUCCUCGUCGGGACCGGGUGGACCUUCAUCAAGCACAUUCUGGCCGAUAGAGACAAGAAGCUCUUCAUGAUAGUGAUACCGUUGCAGGUCCUCGCCAACAUCGCCGAGAUCAUAAUCGAGGAGAGCGAGGAGGGCGACGUGGAGCACGACACCUGGCGAAACGUCUUCAUCUUGGUGGACCUCCUUUGCUGCGGGCCCAUAAUCUUCCCGGUGAUGUGGAGCAUUCGGCACCUGCAGGAGGCCGCGCACACGAACGGCAAGGCGGCGAUCAACCUGCGGAAGCUGAAGCUCUUCCAGCACUUCUACAUCAUGAUAUUCGGCUACAUUUACUUCACGAGGGUCAUCGUAUAUCUGUUGAAGAUCACCGUGCCGUUCCAGUACGAGUGGCUGGACGAGAUGUUCAGGGAGAUGGCGACCUACGUCUUCUUCGUCCUAACCGGGUACAAGUUCCGGCCGGCCUCGGCGAACCCCUACUUCACGCUGACGCCCGACGAGCAGGAGUCGCAGGUCGACGAGGACGACGAGAUGGACGUCGUCAUCUUUUCCAGCGUGUCCGGCGGAAACGGGAUGACUGAGGGCCUCAGCAAGGUCAGCAAGGUCUCGAAGCUCUUCAGGCCGACGACCUCGGAGCUCUCCUCCGGCCCCCAGGAGGAGAGGGACAACCUCCUCGACAAGCGGGAGUCCUCCCACGAGUACGACUGAUCCUCGCGAGAGCGAUCCCACCUCGGCGGAGGCUGGGCCUUGUGAUAGGGCGCGAGAGGCGCUCAAAAAGUGCGAACCUAUCCUGGAUAAAAGAUGCCUGUUAAGGGCGGCUGAAUGGACGUUGAAGGGCGCGAAAGAUAUUCCGAUUGCAAACCUGUCCCUGGUAAAUGACGUGUGGAUGUUGAAGAGCGCGAAAGAGAAGCCGAGUGCGAACCUUAUCCUGGAUAACGGAUGCGUGGACGUUGGGCGGCGCUGAAGAGGCCAAAUGCUUGACCGAAUGAAUGCGAACCUUAAAACGCGGAUCUUGACGUUCCACGGUGAUCGAAGUGGCCGCGAUUCCCUGGUGAUCCGAGAUCAUCGUCCGCGGCGUUUCUACGGACCGCACGGUUACGUAGGUACUUCGAAGAAUCAUUCUAUUUCCAUUGUUCUCCUCGGUGCGAGGAGCAAGGUGCGUCCACACCGGAUGCGGCAUCCGCGGUCGACCCUUGAAGAGCCUCCGCAUCCCGGGGACGACUUCGCCGGUGUACGCGAGUCCGGGGGUCGAUGCCCACCUUCUAGAAUUACCAGUUAUCCUCACUAAAAUUAAUUAUGACGCGAGGCUAUUGUAACGCGCGUCGCGCCGCAAUUAUCACGGCAACGAGGGCGACUUCCGGUACCGCUCUGUCCCGCGACUCGUGGAGAACCCCGCGGAAGCCACGUUGAUUAAUAAAGCGGAUAUUUUUAUGCA